UAUGGAUAGAGUAGGAUAAACGACUCCUUGACUGGAGUUCGUCCAUGGCUUCUUCUCUGCCUUCCGUCGCAGUCAAAUGCACUCCCAAGCUCGACUCCGACCUCAGAAAGCACCCCUCUGUUUUCCUUUCCAACGAAAAGAGCCCAAGUGUGUCGUAUCAGAGAAGCGGCUCGAUCACCCAUUUGGAGGGAACCUCAGAGUUAUCAUCCUCCACGGACUUCCGAGAAGCGCUUUCUGCGAUGAGAGAAGGCGCUUCGACAGAAUCUUCUCACUACGCCCGUCUCUUGAAACGGUGCAUCGAUGAUAAUUCGUCUUCAACGGCAGAAACUGUGCAUGCCCACAUCAUAAAAACCGGGUUUCAUGAAGAUUCCUUUGUUUCGACUUUUCUCGUCAAUGUUUACGUGAAAUGUGGGGUCAUGGAAUAUGCACGAAAGGUGUUUGAUAAUUUACCGAGGAGAAAUGUCGUUGCGUGGACAACACUGAUGACGGGUUAUGUUCACAAUUCGCAGCCUGAACUUGCUAUCCGAGUUUUUCAAGAGAUGUUGGAGGCUGGGGCUUAUCCCGCAAAUUAUACUCUUGGGAUUGUUUUGAAUGCUUGUUCUUCAUUGCAGUUGGUCGACGUGGGCAAACAACUCCACAGUUACAUUGUCAAGUACCACAUCGACUUUGACACGAGUAUUGGUAACUCCCUUUGUAGCUUGUACUCCAAACUUGGGCACUUGGAUUUGGCCGUAAAAGCAUUUGAGAAGAUAAGGGAAAAGAAUGUGAUCUCAUGGACUGCGGUUAUAUCUGCUUGUGGCAAUAAUAGUGAGGCUGCACGGGGUUUGGGAUUCUUUAUUGACAUGCUCUCUAAGGGCAUUGAGCCUAAUGAGUUUACUUUAACUAGUGUGUUGAGUUUGUGUUGUGUGAUGGCGUAUUUGAGUGUAGGUAGCCAGGUUCACUCAUUAAGCAUCAAACUUGGGUUCUACUCGAAUUUGCGGGUGAGAAAUGCUAUCAUGUAUUUGUACCUCAAAACUGGUAGGGUUAAAGAGGCAAAAAAACUGUUUGAUGGAAUGGAAGUGAACAGCUUGGUCACAUGGAAUGCAAUGAUUGCUGGUCAUGCCCAGAUGAUGGAGCUUGAAGGAGAUGGUCUUUCAGCAUAUCAAAGUGGGAACGAGGCGCUUUACAUUUUCUCGAAAUUGAACCGCUCAGGCAUGAAAUCUGAUCUGUUCACCUUCUCGAGUAUUUUAACCGUGUGUAGUAGUUUGGUUGCCUUAGAACAAGGGGAACAAAUCCAUGCGCAGACCAUUAAAAUGGGGUUUCUCUCCGAUGUGGUUGUUGGAACUGCACUUAUUAAUAUGUAUAACAAAUGUGGGAGCAUAGAGAAAGCGAGUAAAGCUUUCGUGGAGAUGUCCACAAGAACUCUGAUAUCAUGGACCUCAAUGAUCACAAGUUUUGCACAGCAUGGCAUGACACAACAAGCUUUGCAUCUCUUUGAAGAUAUGAGAUUAGCAGGAGUAAGACCAAACCAGAUCACCUUUGUUGGCAUUCUAUCGGCUUGUAGCCAUGCCGGAAUGGUUGAUGAAGCACUAAUAUACUUCGAGAUGAUGCAAAAGGAAUACAGAAUUAGGCCUGUGAUGGACCAUUACAGUUGCCUAAUCGACAUGUUUGUGAGAUUGGGCCGUUUAGAUGAAGCUUUCGAUCUCAUCAAAACAAUGGAUUUUGAACCCAGUGAGUUCAUAUGGUCAAACCUGGUUGCAGGGUGUAGAAGCCAUGGAAAUCUAGAAUUGGGAUUUUAUGCUGCCGAACAGUUACUGAAGCUUAAACCGAAAGAUGCCGAGACUUAUGUCUUGCUGCUGAACAUGUACCUCUCAGCGGGAAGGUGGAAGGAUGUUUCUAGGGUGAGAAAAAUGAUGAAAGAGGAGAAGCUUGGGAAACUAAAAGAUUGGAGCUGGAUAAGCAUCCAAGACAAGGUUUAUUCAUUCAAACCUAAUGAUAAACUCCACCAUCAAAAUGCAGAUUUGCACACAUUUUUGGAAAGCUUGAUUGACCAAGCAAAGGGUGCGGGAUAUGAAAAGCUCGAAGAUCUGGAGAUGACAGAUGAAGAUGAAGUAGAGUCAUCCUCUUCCACCACUUAUCACAGUGAAAAGUUGGCCAUUGCUUUCGGAUUAUUGAACAUGCCGAGCUCUGCACCAAUAAGAGUGAUCAAGAACUUCAUUAUGUGCAGGGAUUGCCAUAAUUUUAUGAAGUCUAUUUCCUUAUUGACAGCUAGGGAGAUAACCAUUCGAGAUAGCAAGCGUCUGCACAAAAUUGUCAAUGGAAAAUGUUCUUGUGGGGAUUUUGGAAUUCUUAUAUGAUAUAUAAUAGGUCAUGUAAACAAGUAAAAAUCUUAACAUUCUUUAAUUUGUCAAUUGUUUAGAUAUCCUCAAAAUAAUAUGCUACUUUCUCCUUCAUCAUGUUGGGCCGAUGGAAAGUUUCACACUCGCAGUUCACAAUGAAUACAUUUUCUCAUAUUCAUAAGAAAGUUCUGAGUAAACAGUAUUCACCUAUU